UCAUUUAAAGGGUUUAUCAAAUGGGUUUCGGGUUUCAUGGAGCUUGGAUGGUGAUUUGAGGUGAAGAGUGGAGAGAGCAAAAUGAGGGUUGUCCAGGGAAGAACGCUGUGUGAGGAGUUCUCGCCUGCGUAUUAUGGGCUGUGCAGUGUGGGCGGAAUGCUUAGUGCUGGCGCUACCAAUUUCGCAAUCACGCCUCUAGAUGUGUUGAAAGUUAAUAUGCAGGUCAAUCCAAUUAAAUUUAACGGGAUGGCUUCAGGGUUUUCUAUUCUCUGGAGAGAACAAGGCCCUUCUUCCCUUUGGAGAGGUUGGUCUGGUAAAUUGUUUGGAUAUGGUGUUCAGGGUGGCUGCAGAUUUGGUCUAUAUGAGUACUUUAAGAAGCUUUACUCUGAUAUAUUGAUAAAUCAGAACAAGAGUACCAUAUUCCUUCUCAGCAGUGCCUCUGCUCAAGUAUUUGCUGAUAUUGCCCUCUGUCCAUUUGAAGCCGUCAAAGUCCGCGUUCAAACACAGCCAAGAUUUGCAAAGGGCUUGGCUGACGGGCUUCCAAAACUUUAUUCAACUGAAGGGCUAGCUGGCUUUUACAAAGGACUUUUACCACUUUGGGGUCGAAAUCUGCCAUUUACAAUGAUAAUGUUCACGACAUUUGAGCAUUCAGUGGAUCUGGUUUAUCGCAAAGUUAUUCAAAGAAGAAAAGAAGAUUGCUCAAUUGCUGAACAGCUUGGUGCCACAUGUUUAGCUGGCUAUGCAGCAGGAGCUGUUGGUACCGUGGUCUCUAACCCUGCAGACAACGUCGUCACAUUUUUAUACAAUAAGAAGGCCAGCAGUGUGAUGCAGGCGGUGAGGAACAUUGGCUUUCCUAGCCUAUUUACUAGAAGCCUUCCGGUUCGAAUUACUCUUAUUGGCCCUGUUAUUACUUUGCAGUGGUUUUUCUAUGACACCAUUAAAGUGCUAUGUGGAUUGCCACCCAGUGGAGGGCUUACCAGACACCUCGAAGAAGCUGUAUCAGCUUAAGAUUAUGGUAGAAAUAAAUAGCUGAUCACUUGCUUUAAGAGGCAGAUAUUUCGUUAAACUCUAUAGCUUCACUGAAAAUCAUACUACUGAUUCCUUGGACAGCGAACGCUAUCAAAAGUUUUCAACACUGA